ACGCCAUGUUGGGGCCCUGCGGCGCGUAGGUGUCUCCAUAAGAUGCCGGCGCGGCGGCGCCCGGCCCCCCAAGAUGGCGUCCAUGCGGGAGAGCGACACGGGCCUGUGGCUGCACAACAAGCUGGGGGCCACCGACGAGCUGUGGGCGCCGCCCAGCAUCGCGUCCCUGCUCACGGCCGCGGUCAUCGACAACAUCCGCCUCUGCUUCCACGGCCUCUCCUCCGCCGUGAAGCUCAAGCUGCUGCUCGGGACGCUGCACCUCCCGCGCCGCGCGGUGGACGAGAUGAAGGGUGCCCUGACUGAAAUCAUCCAGCUCGCCACCCUGGACUCGGACCCCUGGGUGCUCAUGGUUGCGGACAUUCUUAAGUCCUUCCCCGACACCGGCUCGCUUAACCUUGACCUCGAAGAGCAGAACCCCAACGUCCAGGACAUCCUGGGAGAGCUCAGAGAGAAGGUGAACGAGUGCGAGGCGUCGGCCAUGCUGCCGCUGGAGUGCCAGUACCUGAACAAGAACGCCCUGACCACGCUGGCCGGGCCCCUCACGCCGCCGGUGAAGCACUUCCAGCUGAAGAGGAAGCCGAAGAGCGCCACGCUGCGGGCCGAGCUGCUGCAGAAGUCCACGGAGACCGCCCAGCAGCUGAAAAGGAGCGCGGGGGUGCCCUUCCACGCCAAGGGCCGCGGGCUGCUCCGCAAGAUGGACACCACCACCCCGCUCAAAGGCAUCCCGAAGCAGGCCCCGUUCCGGAGCCCGACCACCCCCAGCGUCUUCAGCCCCGCCGGGAACAGGACCCCCAUCCCGCCCUCGCGGACGCCUCUGCGCAAGGAGCGGGGAGUGAAGCUGCUCGACAUCUCGGAGCUGGACAUGGUGGGCGCCGGCCGCGAGGCCAAGAGGAGGAGGAAGACGCUCGAUGCGGACGUGGUGGAGAAGCCGGCCAAGGAGGAGACCGUCAUCGAAAACGCCACCCCCGACUACGCGGCCGGCCUGGUGUCCACUCAGAAACUCGGGUCUCUGAACGAGCCCGCACUGCCCUCUACGAGCUACCUGCCAGCGACACCCAGCGUGGUCCCGGCCUCCUCCUACAUCCCCAGCUCGGAGACCCCGCCGGCUUCAUCUGCUCGGGAGACCAGCCUGCAGGCCAGCCGGCCCCCCGAGGAGCCCAGCACCCCCGGCCCUGCUCUGCCCACGCAGUUCAAGCAGAGGGCGCCCAUGUACAACAGCGGCCUGAGCCCAGCCACGCCCGCGCCCCCGCCUGAAGCACCCGCCUCACCCCUGACACCCACCACGCCCCCAGCCGUCGCCCCAGCCUCCCAGACGCCGCCGGUGGCCAUGGUGACCUCACAGACCCAGCCCCUGGCCCAGCAGCAGCAGCAGCCCAAGAAGAACCUCUCUCUCACGAAGGAACAGAUACUGGCCGCACGGGAGAUGUUCAAGACGGCCAACAAGGUGACGCGGCCCGAGAAGGCCCUCAUCCUGGGCUUCAUGGCCGGCUCCCGAGAGAACCCGUGCCAGGAGCAGGGCGACGUGAUCCAGAUCAAGCUGAGCGAGCACACGGAGGACCUGCCCAAAGCCGACAGCCAGGGCAGCACCACCAUGCUGGUGGACACCGUGUUCGAGAUGAACUACACCACGGGCCAGUGGACGCGCUUCAAGAAGUACAAGCCCAUGGCCAACGUGUCCUAGGCCGCCCGCCCGGGCUGCGCCGUCGGCGCUCGGAGGGCUGGACUGAGUUUUUAAGAUUUUCCCAGGGGUUACCUUCUGUGCGAUGAGACGCUUUUCUGUGUUCAGUGAUUCUAUUUUCAAUGCUGACGUUCAUCCAGAACGUUCGAGCUUCCCGAUCCUAGCUGCGGCUUUCUGCCUGUUCGUCUUUCUACCUUUUUAAAAUUUUUUCUUAGAUUCCACUGGCCGUGCGGGGGGGGCUUUCCUCGCUGUUGCGGCGGCCUCUCCCUCCACCCCACAAGCUUGAGGGGCCCCAAGGUGGCGCCUGGUGCUGCCGAGACUGGGUGGGGGCCCCGCCGGGGCCGCAGAGCCGGGGGCGGGGCCUGUCCGUCGUGGCUGGGGAGACCCUCGGAGUCAUUAAAACAGCGUUUCUAAAGCGAGCGCCUGCAGCCGGCCUGUCCUCUGCUCCCG